CAAUCAUGCUCAAAUUGCAGCGAACAAGCAACGUGUUAAAAGUGAUCGAUUCGCCGGGCGCAAACUCUGCUAGGGGACGAUGGAGGCGACCGAGGUGGAUGGUGGACGCAAUGUCUCCCUCGCACCAGAGCUCAGCCCCAGCUUGGCCGCCGCAGAGGACCAUUUCCGCGUGAAGCGGCGCGCCCUCGAGGCGGUCCUGGAGAAUUGUAAGAGGGCCCUCGAAUUGCUGGAAAAACCCUACAUCGACCUAGACCCUGCAGGCGACGAGGCUGCAGAGGCACAGCCUAUGGGAGAAGUUGAGGGAUCCCUGCCGCGGUCUGAAUCUGGAGGCGACUUCGAGGCCGAUGAGCUAUGUGCACUUCUGAAAUCAAGAGUUGAAUCACCAGACUUCCUUGAAAAGCUUGAACACAUCCAGACAUCUGUUUACCAAAAUAUUCAUGGUGAUGAUAAUGCAUCAUGGGAUAUGAUCACCGCCAAAGAUUUGUGGGAUGAUAAGCAUUUUGAUGGGAAGGAUGGCGUUGACCAAGAUGAUUAUGUACUUGUUAAGCAAGAGGACAUAGUGGAUGGUGUGGCAAAUUUCAUGGCUACUUAUCUGCUAUCACUAAAGCAAACUAAAGAAUUAACUCCAAAUCAACUUCAAGCAGCCCUAUGCAAAACGUUUUCUGUUAAGAAGAAGAAAAGCAAGCUCAGGAAGGCAUGGGAUGGAAGCAAGGUUGUUUACAAUGUUGCUUCAUGGAGUGCUACUGCCAUUGGGAUAUAUCAGAAUCCAGCAUUAGUUAAAGCAGCUUCUGUAGCCUUCUGGUCCUCUUGCCGUGUUAUAUCAAAGUUGUUUUGACGAUUUAUCUACUUGUUGGGUUUGACAUCAAUGUUCCGGUCGACAUGGAAGCCCAAGACACCUAGACGCUUCCAGUGCUGGGGAAGGGCAGGAAAUUAGCAGCUACAAUGGCGUCAAAAAAGACUGAAUUCUUCAUGUGUAAAAAAGGGAGCUAAGUCCUCUCUCAUAUGUUAUUUGUAAAUUCGUAGUGUUCGUGAUUCUGGGAAGUUCUCUGAUUGACAAGCGUUCUUAGAUUCGUUUACAUUUGUAGGACUAAUUAUUGAUCCCUGGUUGGCACAGUAACACCGAGAUUAUUCAUUGAAAUCUGUGUUCUUUAAACC